AUGGGCGAUGCGAGCGAUGUGCCGCGCGUCGUCGUGCCGGAGGCGUACGUGCGAUUCGCGGAGGCGCUCGCGGACGCCGCGGGCGGGACGACGACGAAGUACUUUCGCGCGCGCGGCGUCGAGGUGGAGGAUAAAAAGGAUUCGUCGCCGGUGACGAUCGCGGAUCAGCAGGCGGAGGCGGUGAUGCGAGCGAUGGUGACGCGAGAGUACCCGACGCACGCGAUCUUCGGGGAGGAACACGGGAUCGAACUCGGCGCGGGCGGGUCGAGCGAGUGGACGUGGGUCUUCGACCCAAUCGACGGGACGAAGAGUUUCAUCACGGGUAAACCACUUUGGGGGACGUUAAUCGCGCUUUUGCACGACGGCGAGCCCGUGCUUGGGAUUUUAGAUCAACCCGUGCUCAAGGAGCGAUGGAUAGGGGUCAGUGGACGCGUGAGCACGAUGAACGGCGAGCCGAUAUCCGUCAAGCCGUGCGAGAGCGUCGGCGACGCGUACAUGUACAGCACCACGCCGUUAAUGUUCGAAGGCAUGAACGCCGCGCGUUACGAAACCCUCGCGCGUAAGGUUAAGAUUCCAAUGUACGGUUGCGACUGCUACGCCUACGGUUUACUCGCCAUGGGAUUCGCCGACCUCGUCGUCGAAGCCGACCUCAAGCCGUACGACUACAUGGCGCUCGUCCCCAUCGUCAAGGGCGCGGGCGGUUACAUGACCGACUGGAAGGGCAACGCCUUGCGUUUCACCGCCGAUCGCGCGUCUCUAGAGUCCGGCGAAUUCCAGGGCGAGGUCAUCGCGUGCGGCGACGCCAAAGUCCUCCGCGCCGCCGUCGCGACGCUGUCCAAGACGCUCUUUUAAAGCAUCACAUUCCAAUCGUAUG